AUGCUACUCCAAGGCAAGCGCGCUUUAGUCGUUGGACUUAUGAACAAGCACUCACUCGCUGUAAGCGUCGCACAAUCGCUUCUUAGCAAUGGUGCAAGCGUUGUCGUAUCAUCCAAGAUACCGUUAAGCGAAAGUCAAGCAAAGAGCUGCGGCUUUCAGAUUCCAGAUUCUUCUUGUGCAUCCUUAAAUUUCGAAUCAUGCGACGUUGAGAAUGACGAGAGCAUUGAUCAGCUUAUGCAACGCUGUGGAAAGAUAUUUAAUGGUGUAUUGGACAUUUUGAUUCAUUCCGUAGCAUUCGCUCCUCGCGAAGCCUUUAACAAGGGAUUGUUGGGUACCUCAAGGGCUACAUGGACACAGGCUCUUGAUGUCAGCUCUUAUAGUCUGGUGGCCCUUACCAGAGCGGCGAAACCACUUAUGAUCUUUGGGCGAGAAGAGAAACGGAAUUGCAGUGUGUUGGCGCUGACAUAUGCGGGCUCGACAAAGGUGGUGCCGAAUUACAACGUAAUGGGGCCAGCAAAGGCUGCAUUGGAGGCAACUGCACGACAGUUGGCAUACGAGCUUGGACCGGAUGGAAUCCGCGUCAACUGUCUUAGCCCUGGACCAAUAAAUACUGUGUCGGCACGUGGCAUUCCCGGUAUCUCUAAAAUGAGAACAUAUGCCGAGACUCAUGCACCUUUGCGUCGCAACAGCUCAAAUAGCGAUGUUGGAUCUGUUGCUGCGUUUCUAUCGAGUGACCUUGCUGCGGCCGUAUCGGGACAAACAAUCUUCGUUGACGGUGGAUUAAGUGCAAUGGCUCCUUACGUUAGAGAAGAAUAA